AGCUUCACUAAAACACUCCACUGUUCUCUCCGGCGAAUCUUGUUCUUACCUGCCGCCGUCGAUCCUUGCGCAAUCCUCCGGCGAUACUUACCUCCCAGAGUUACAUGAAUUCGCAACAAUGGUUUUCACUACCAAAUUCUCAUUGCCUUCAUUUCUGAAACAAGUAAAUAAACUGACAGAAAGCCAAAGGAACUCCAUUAAAAGAGUGGGAUUUGGCAACUUGUUGYGUAUUCCAAAUCAUGUCCUAAGGAGGCUGCAAUUGAACGAAUUGAUGGAAAGAUGGAAUARCGAAAGAAAAGCGUUUGUAUUUCCUCCUGGWGAAAUAACAAUAACCCUUGUAGAUGUUGUUUUGAUUUUAGGAYUACGUGKURUUGGUGAAYUUGUGGUCCUAGAGGAAGAUGCACCAUUAACGAGCCUAGAGAAAGAAUUUGGUGCUUCUAUAGUGAAUAGGACAAUUGGUGUUGAAUCACUUAAGCAGAGACUUGAGUCUCUAGGUGAAAGGGAUGAUGAAUCUUUCGUGAGAACGUUUUUAUUAUAUUGUUUUGGAACGUUACUUUUUCCAACUGCAAAUGGAAAGGUGGAUUUGAGGUAUCUUUUUUUUUUUGCAAGACUUGGAUAAUGUGAGUUGUUUUGCCUGGGGUGCAGCUGUUCUUGAAGAUCUUCAUGAUUGCUUGAGCCAACGAAAAAGUAAAAGAACAAGUUUUAUUGGAGGGUGUCUUAUUCUUCUUCAAGUAAGUUCCUAUUUACUUGCUCAUAUUUCUUUUUGAACCAUCAUACUUAACUUAUCUUAUAAACUAAUGCUGGCUCUUGUGAUAAUUAAUAAAAAUAUAAUUUCGAAAGAUUGCACGAUUUUGGACAAAUUGUGGAAAUGUAAAUGCAAAAAGGGACCAUUGUACUUCCAUCUUUUCUACAAAAUCACUUGCUCUUUCAAAUCAUUGAGAUUGGUUUGGUUUGUAUAGGUUCAACUUUUGUGGGAUCACAUAGGGUUGUACCGGCUCCAGCCAUGGCUUCGCUUGUAUAGGCUAGGUCCCAUUGGCUUGUAUAGGCACGAAUAAGCUCAGACCUAGGCUUCGUUCUUAUGGGCCCGUAAAAUGAUAAAAAGUGAACUGUUCAACAAAAUUUUUACUCGAUCACAAAAAAUGCAACGUUGGACCUGGCACGUGGUUCUGUUUGACUAUUGAUUAAAUGUUUAAAAUGACCCUUAAUGUGUAUAGAACAAAGAAACUUGUGGACGACAAGCAGAAUUACUUAUGUCAAGUAAUGAUUACCAGAAAAGCAAAGUAGGUUCAAAGAGUUAUGCAUAAGGA